AUGAAAAAAACAAAAAGCUCUCGAUUAAAAAGUAGCUCUGAUAAGAUAGCAGGAAAUGAGGGUGAUUUAAUCCAAAAAAAUAUCAAAAUUCCUAUUAACAAUCAUUCAUUAAAAAAAAUUCACAAAAAAAAAACAUCUCUAUCUUAUGAUAGCAAAAUCAAUAAAUCCAAACGAGAAGAUAUUUAUUUGUUAAAAAAGGACAAUCCAAAUCUUGCACCACCAAUGGAUUUAUCAUUAUAUAAUCUUAGAUAUUCUUUGUUAUACGAAAAAAAACGUAUUCAACGUAGAAGUAUACCCAAAUAUUUUAUAUAAUUUUAAGAUAAAUCAACGCAUUUUGAGCUAUCCUUUUAUUAUUG